GAGUGUAUGUACGGUUGGCGUGAAUGGAAGUUUGUGUUGCGUACCAGUAGAGUUCUGCUUCCUCGUUCGGGGCUUUGGUCGUGCUUGUUCAAGACCCUGUGUGCAGGGUACUAGUGUACGCGUAGAUACAACAGUGACGUCGCGGGCUGUGGACCAUUACAUUGGCAUUUCACCUUCUACCUCCAGAAGCCUUUUGGUGCAAUCCUGCUACUAGACCUACGGAGAGUGAUUGGAUCCAAUGGAGAACGUCUUUCACGAAUUACUUGGACCUACUCCCAGCAACUACUACUUACGAUGAGAAGCAGAAACUGUAACUACUUCGUCACCUGUUGGGCAAUGAAGGUCAACGUUAUUUCGAUGCGUUAGAUCUGAAGAAAUUCGAUACACUUACAAUGGCAUUGGAUGUACUCGAUCAGUCAUGGGGUGCACGGCCAAACAUUUUCGCUGAACGCUACAAAUUCUGCUGUUUGAGGCAAGAAGAUGCAGAGCCACUGGAACAAUUUGUCGCUCGUUUAAUUCGGUCUGUAAAAACCUGUGACUACACUAGCAUCCCGAAGAAUAAACUUGAGAGUGUUAUGCUGACGCAGCAGUUGAUAACCGGUAUAAAGGAUAAUCGUAUACGCGAAAAGCUACUUUCCGAAGAUCCGUCAAAACUUACCUGGGAGAGAGCCAUAGAGAUCGCAAGACUAAUAAAAGCCGCCGUUGAACAUUCGAGCCUAUUCAAGUCGAGUGAUAUACUAGAAGUCAGUAAGAUUCAGCACAAGGGUUCCAGUCAACCUCAGAAUUCGACUGUUUCGUGCUAUAGAUGUGGGAGUUCUCGCCACAAAGCUGACUGUCAAACAUGUCCGGCUCGUACAGCUGAGUGUAAAAGCUGUGGUAAACUGGGCCACUUCGCCAGAUGCUGCCGCUCGCGUCGAGUCGCGUUAAUUGACCAACAAAAUGAUGUUUCCACCUCACCGACUACACCGAAUGUUUUUUCUAUCAGAAGACGAUUACAACCAGAAACACGACGAAUUGCUUCGCUGGAACCCAAGCUCCCUGCUCCUGACAUACGUACCGUUACACUCCAUGGGCUUAACACUUCUGUACCAGUGACUAUGGAGCUAGACUCGGCAUCGCCGAUAACAAUUAUCCCGUCCAGCAUUUACGACAAUUACCUGCAAGACAUUCCAUUACAUCCUACGUCGUAUAAAUUCGAAUCGUACACAAAUUCACGUGUGCAAAUUCGGGGAUAUAUAAUGACGAAACUCAGUUUACUCUCAGUCGCAUCUGAUGUUGCUGUGUAUGUUGCCUCCGAAGACAGUCCAGCCUUGCUGGGGCGAAAUGCUAUGGUUGCCCUCAACAUAACACCAUCUAUCGAGCGAAUGCGCAUCAUGACACUCAAAACAUCAGUACUUAAAAGCUUAUAUCCCAAAUUAUUUACUGAGUCGAUUGGCCGGAUUCCAUCUGCUGCUCAUCGAAUAUGCCUUAAAAAGGACGCUAAACCGUUUUCGAUUUCGCAGCCACGUCCUAUUCCAUUGGCCAAACGUACGAUGGUAGAAAAGGCCAUACAAGAGAUGAUUUCCAACGAUUUGAUAGAGCCAGUUAACUGUUCCGAAUGGGUGCAUCCCAUGGUCACGGUGUUAAAGAAGGACGGUACUGUGCGCAUAUGCAACGACUUGAAAGCGUUGAACAGUCAGAUCGUCGUCGAAAAAUUCGUUCUUCCCACAGUUGACGAGUUGUUGGUCAAGAUAACUGGCGCGCGAUUUUUCUCAAAACUAGACCUGAGGAAGGCCUUUUUCCACAUGCCAUUGACACCAGAAUCCAGACCACUUACGGCUUUUCUGACAUCGAGUGGUCUAUUCCAGUACAAAGUCUUGCCGAUGGGACUUAGCUCCGCUCCAGCAGCUUGGCAGAAGUUUAUGAAUCACUCACUAGCAGAUCUACCGGGACAAAUCGCUUACAUGGAUGAUAUAUGCGUUUUCGGGAAAUCAAGAGAUGAGCACGACUCAAGGCUGCGCGCUGUGUUGCAGCGAUUGGAGAGCCUAGAUCUUCGGCUAAACCUGGAAAAGUGUAUAUUUUGUGCUACGGAUGUCGAGUUUCUUGGGUACGUCUUAUCAGCUGGUGGAAUUAGGCCAUGCGCAGCUAAUACUCGAGCUAUCACGGAAGCCCCUGUACCGAAGAAUACAUCCGAGGUUAAGCACUUUCUUGGUUUAUGCUCGUACAACUUGCGCUAUUUGCCCGAUUUUGCAACUAUAGCGGAGCCAUUGAGAAUGCUGACAAAAGAAAAAGCUACGUUCGAUUGGGGCUCUUCGCAGCAGUCGGCCUUUGAAGAAAUUAAAAGACGCCUCGUCUCCACCCCAAUGCUGGCCAUUUUCGACGAAAACUGCCCAACAUUCGUCUCAACGGAUGCGUCAAACAUCGGUUUAGGAGCGGUCUUGUCUCAAAUUCAGAACGGUGAGGAAAAAGUGAUUGCAUAUGCUUCUAGAAAGUUAUCCCCUACUGAAGUUUCAUAUUCCGCAGGUGAAAGGGAGGCCCUUGCCUGUGUAUGGGCCUGUGAAAAAUGGCACCUGUUUCUGUUUGGUCGGAGAUUUACAUUGCGCACGGAUCAUGCUGCUCUAACUACCCUCCUCAGCCGAGGAACCAAUGGUCACAGGCCACUACGGAUUAACCGCUGGUAUGCGCGGUUACUGAACUAUGAUUUUCAAAUCAUCUUCCGCCCUAGCUCCGAGAACCGUAUGGCAGAUAGCUUAUCACGUCUCCCAUUGGAUGAUUCCGACAAGAAUGAAGACGACGAAGAAAAAGUCAUGAUUUCUGCUUUACAAUCAAGUGAGCUCUCCGCGGUUACUAAACAAGAGCUUCAAGAAGCUAACCGGAGUGAUUCAUAUGUGCAAGAUGUCAUUCACUAUCUCUCUCAAGGCUGGCCUCGCUACGCGAAGUUGAGUGGUGAACUACGGGCGUUUUAUGUUUUACGACAUGAGCUAGCGGUCGUUGAUGAUUGCCUUAUGCGAGGAUCGCGAUUCGUAGCUCCACAGAAACUGACAUCAAAAAUUAUCCAAUGUGCACACGAGGGACAUCCGGGUAUCGUACGGACGAAGCGCCGACUUCAAGAAUACUUUUGGUGGCCAAAAAUGAAUAAAAUGGCAGAGGCGUGUGUCCGGUCUUGCGAUGCAUGUCAGAAGGCCGACAAGAGCUCCAAACCAAUCGAUGCCCCCAUCCAACCUGUUACUUAUCCAAUGAAACCUUGGUCGAAGGUGGCGAUUGACAUCAUGGGACCGUUUCAUUCUGCGCCACAGCACCAGAGGAACUGCUUAGUUGCCACGUGCUAUUACAGUAAGUGGCCGGAAAUCCAUUUGUGUGGCGAUGUGACCACCUCAACCGUUAUACGGUGGCUGAAACAUCUGUUUGCUAGAUUUGGGUUUCCUGAGGAAAUUGUGACAGACAACGGACCACAAUUCACGAACUAUGAGUUUAAACGUUUCUUACAACUUCGUGAUGUGAAGCACGUACAUACUGUCCCGUACAACCCAGCUGCCAACGGCAUGGUUGAGCGCACUAAUCGCACGCUAAAGGAAACUAUACAGACAGCACGUUUGUCCGGCAGGCAGUGGGAAGAUGCCGUUUUGGAGGCUCUGUUUACUCACCGAACAUCGCACCACAGAGCGACUGAUCGCACGCCAGGUGAGCUGAUGUUUGGCAGGAAGUUGCGUACGAAAUUAAACGCAGCUAUUUCGGCUGCAGAAAACAACGACCCCCACCAACUGGAACGUCGCCGGGGUUAUCAGUCAUCCUACGAAAAACGGGCCACAUCGCUGCGUCCUGGAACGUUGGUCAGGCUAAAGGAGAGGCAAACACGUAAAGGAGAACCGGCACUGACGAGACCCAUCAGAAUUACUCGUGCGCUAGGGCCAGGAACUUAUGAGUUAGCAGACGGCCGACGAGUCAACGCCAGACAGCUAUAUUCAGCACUUCAACCGAAGCAGUGUCCUGAAGCGAGGGCCACCGCAGUGAACCAACCGCUGAAGAGGGGGAGUAGUGUGGCAGCGCGUACGCGCGGGCCUUACCACGACCGCACUUCGUAGCUUGUGAUUGGAUGCCUGUCCGUUCGCGAUCAAUACCAGGGUUGUUUUGAAUAUACUGAGUGUAUGUACCGUUGGCGUGAAUAGAAGUUUGUGUUGCGUACCAGUAGAGUUCUGCUUCCUCGUUCGGGGCUUUGGUCGUGUUUGUUCAAGACCCUGCGUGCAGGGGACUAGUGUACGUGUAGAUACAACAGUGGCGUCGCGGGCUGUGGACCAUUACAAUGGCAUUUCACCUACUACCUCCAGAAGCCUUUUGGUGCGAUCCUGCUACUAGACCUACGGAGAGUGAUUGGAUCCAAUGGAGAACGUCUUUCACGAAUUACUUGGACCUACUCCCAGCAACUACUACUUACGAUGAGAAGCAAAAACUGAAACUACUUCGUCACCUGUUGGGCAAUGAAGGUCAACGUUAUUUCGAUGCGUUAGAUCUGCAGAAAUUCGACACACUUACAAAGGCAUUGGAUGUACUCGAUCAGUCAUGGGGUGCACGGCCAAACAUUUUCGCUGAACGCUACAAGUUCUGCUGUUUGAGGCAAGAAGAUGCAGAGCCACUGGAACAAUUUGUCGCUCGUUUAAUUCGGUCUGUAAAAACCUGUGACUACACUAGCAUCCCGAAGAAUAAACUUGAGAGUGUUAUGCUGACGCAGCAGUUGAUAACCGGUAUAAAGGAUAAUCGUAUACGCGAAAAGCUACUUUCCGAAGAUCCGUCAAAACUUACCUGGGAGAGAGCCAUAGAGAUCGCAAGACUAAUAAAAGCCGCCGUUGAACAUUCGAGCCUAUUCAAGUCGAGUGAUAUACUAGAAGUCAGUAAGAUUCAGCACAAGGGUUCCAGUCAACCUCAGAAUUCGACUGUUUCGUGCUAUAGAUGUGGGAGUUCUCGCCACAAAGCUGACUGUCAAACAUGUCCGGCUCGUACAGCUGAGUGUAAAAGCUGUGGUAAACUGGGCCACUUCGCCAGAUGCUGCCGCUCGCGUCGAGUCGCGUUAAUUGACCAACAAAAUGAUGUUUCCACCUCACCGACUACACCGAAUGUUUUUUCUAUCAGAAGACGAUUACAACCAGAAACACGACGAAUUGCUUCGCUGGAACCCAAGCUCCCUGCUCCUGACAUACGUACCGUUACACUCCAUGGGCUUAACACUUCUGUACCAGUGACUAUGGAGCUAGACUCGGCAUCGCCGAUAACAAUUAUCCCGUCCAGCAUUUACGACAAUUACCUGCAAGACAUUCCAUUACAUCCUACGUCGUAUAAAUUCGAAUCGUACACAAAUUCACGUGUGCAAAUUCGGGGAUAUAUAAUGACGAAACUCAGUUUACUCUCAGUCGCAUCUGAUGUUGCUGUGUAUGUUGCCUCCGAAGACAGUCCAGCCUUGCUGGGGCGAAAUGCUAUGGUUGCCCUCAACAUAACACCAUCUAUCGAGCGAAUGCGCAUCAUGACACUCAAAACAUCAGUACUUAAAAGCUUAUAUCCCAAAUUAUUUACUGAGUCGAUUGGCCGGAUUCCAUCUGCUGCUCAUCGAAUAUGCCUUAAAAAGGACGCUAAACCGUUUUCGAUUUCGCAGCCACGUCCUAUUCCAUUGGCCAAACGUACGAUGGUAGAAAAGGCCAUACAAGAGAUGAUUUCCAACGAUUUGAUAGAGCCAGUUAACUGUUCCGAAUGGGUGCAUCCCAUGGUCACGGUGUUAAAGAAGGACGGUACUGUGCGCAUAUGCAACGACUUGAAAGCGUUGAACAGUCAGAUCGUCGUCGAAAAAUUCGUUCUUCCCACAGUUGACGAGUUGUUGGUCAAGAUAACUGGCGCGCGAUUUUUCUCAAAACUAGACCUGAGGAAGGCCUUUUUCCACAUGCCAUUGACACCAGAAUCCAGACCACUUACGGCUUUUCUGACAUCGAGUGGUCUAUUCCAGUACAAAGUCUUGCCGAUGGGACUUAGCUCCGCUCCAGCAGCUUGGCAGAAGUUUAUGAAUCACUCACUAGCAGAUCUACCGGGACAAAUCGCUUACAUGGAUGAUAUAUGCGUUUUCGGGAAAUCAAGAGAUGAGCACGACUCAAGGCUGCGCGCUGUGUUGCAGCGAUUGGAGAGCCUAGAUCUUCGGCUAAACCUGGAAAAGUGUAUAUUUUGUGCUACGGAUGUCGAGUUUCUUGGGUACGUCUUAUCAGCUGGUGGAAUUAGACCAUGCGCAGCUAAUACUCGAGCUAUCACGGAAGCCCCUGUACCGAAGAAUACAUCCGAGGUUAAGCACUUUCUUGGUUUAUGCUCGUACAACUUGCGCUAUUUGCCCGAUUUUGCAACUAUAGCGGAGCCAUUGAGAAUGCUGACAAAAGAAAAAGCUACGUUCGAUUGGGGCUCUUCGCAGCAGUCGGCCUUUGAAGAAAUUAAAAGACGCCUCGUCUCCACCCCAAUGCUGGCCAUUUUCGACGAAAACUGCCCAACAUUCGUCUCAACGGAUGCGUCAAACAUCGGUUUAGGAGCGGUCUUGUCUCAAAUUCAGAACGGUGAGGAAAAAGUGAUUGCAUAUGCUUCUAGAAAGUUAUCCCCUACUGAAGUUUCAUAUUCCGCAGGUGAAAGGGAGGCCCUUGCCUGUGUAUGGGCCUGUGAAAAAUGGCACCUGUUUCUGUUUGGUCGGAGAUUUACAUUGCGCACGGAUCAUGCUGCUCUAACUACCCUCCUCAGCCGAGGAACCAAUGGUCACAGGCCACUACGGAUUAACCGCUGGUAUGCGCGGUUACUGAACUAUGAUUUUCAAAUCAUCUUCCGCCCUAGCUCCGAGAACCGUAUGGCAGAUAGCUUAUCACGUCUCCCAUUGGAUGAUUCCGACAAGAAUGAAGACGACGAAGAAAAAGUCAUGAUUUCUGCUUUACAAUCAAGUGAGCUCUCCGCGGUUACUAAACAAGAGCUUCAAGAAGCUAACCGGAGUGAUUCAUAUGUGCAAGAUGUCAUUCACUAUCUCUCUCAAGGCUGGCCUCGCUACGCGAAGUUGAGUGGUGAACUACGGGCGUUUUAUGUUUUACGACAUGAGCUAGCGGUCGUUGAUGAUUGCCUUAUGCGAGGAUCGCGAUUCGUAGCUCCACAGAAACUGACAUCAAAAAUUAUCCAAUGUGCACACGAGGGACAUCCGGGUAUCGUACGGACGAAGCGCCGACUUCAAGAAUACUUUUGGUGGCCAAAAAUGAAUAAAAUGGCAGAGGCGUGUGUCCGGUCUUGCGAUGCAUGUCAGAAGGCCGACAAGAGCUCCAAACCAAUCGAUGCCCCCAUCCAACCUGUUACUUAUCCAAUGAAACCUUGGUCGAAGGUGGCGAUUGACAUCAUGGGACCGUUUCAUUCUGCGCCACAGCACCAGAGGAACUGCUUAGUUGCCACGUGCUAUUACAGUAAGUGGCCGGAAAUCCAUUUGUGUGGCGAUGUGACCACCUCAACCGUUAUACGGUGGCUGAAACAUCUGUUUGCUAGAUUUGGGUUUCCUGAGGAAAUUGUGACAGACAACGGACCACAAUUCACGAACUAUGAGUUUAAACGUUUCUUACAACUUCGUGAUGUGAAGCACGUACAUACUGUCCCGUACAACCCAGCUGCCAACGGCAUGGUUGAGCGCACUAAUCGCACGCUAAAGGAAACUAUACAGACAGCACGUUUGUCCGGCAGGCAGUGGGAAGAUGCCGUUUUGGAGGCUCUGUUUACUCACCGAACAUCGCACCACAGAGCGACUGAUCGCACGCCAGGUGAGCUGAUGUUUGGCAGGAAGUUGCGUACGAAAUUAAACGCAGCUAUUUCGGCUGCAGAAAACAACGACCCCCACCAACUGGAACGUCGCCGGGGUUAUCAGUCAUCCUACGAAAAACGGGCCACAUCGCUGCGUCCUGGAACGUUGGUCAGGCUAAAGGAGAGGCAAACACGUAAAGGAGAACCGGCACUGACGAGACCCAUCAGAAUUACUCGUGCGCUAGGGCCAGGAACUUAUGAGUUAGCAGACGGCCGACGAGUCAACGCCAGACAGCUAUAUUCAGCACUUCAACCGAAGCAAUGUCCUGAAACGAGGGCCACCGCAGUGAACCAACCGCUGAAGAGGGGGAGUAGUGUGGCAGCGCGUACGCGCGGGCCUUACCACGACCGCACUUCGUAGCUUGUGAUUGGAUGCCUGUCCGUUCGCGAUCAAUACCAGGGUUGUUUUGAAUAUACUGAGUGUAUGUACCGUUGGCGUGAAUAGAAGUUUGUGUUGCGUACCAGUAGAGUUCUGCUUCCUCGUUCGGGGCUUUGGUCGUGCUUGUUCAAGACCCUGCGUGCAGGGGACUAGUGUACGUGUAGAUACAACA